AUGGUGAUGGCGAAUGAUGACCACAAGUCUGCGAUACAGUUAACAAACAUUUCCGAGCCACCAAUAUUCCGAACAGUUGGUGAUGAGAGAAAAAUUCAAUUUAAGGAUGGAUUCCAGAAGGACUUAAAAGUCAAGCCAGGUCUAGAAAAUGGUGGUAAUCUAGCCGAACCCGUUAAAGAAGAGGGCAAAAUUGAACUUCAAUAA